AUGUCCUAUGUCUCUGGAAGAGAGCAAGCUGUAAAGCACGAUGGUGGUAAACUUACUGACUGGAUUCGUACUAAUAUUGGUGUUCCACAGGGUUCAAUCCUUGGACCUCUGCUAUUUUCACUCUUCAUCAAUGAUAUUGGCUCUUGUAUUCAUUGGUGCAAAAGACUGCUGUAUGCGGAUGAUCUCCAGAACUAUCUACCGAGUUACCCACGGGAUAUGGAUGAUUGUAUUGCCAAGAUCAAUGAGGACAUUGCUCGUAUCAAGCAGUGGGCCACCUCGAAUGAACUCAAAUUAAAUCUGGGCAAGACUAAAGCCAUAAUCCUCGGGUCCAGACCUUUUAUCAACUCUAUUGUAAGGGUUUGCCCGCGCUUCCCCGUACUAGGAAGUUCGGACAAUCCUUCGAUAGUAACUUGA